AUGGAUCCUCUAGCUUGGACUCUGAUGCUGCUGGUGGGGGCUGCUUGGGGCCAGGACCAAGCACCUGCCCCUAACUCUUCAGACUGGAAACCGAUGGUGCGCACUUCGAGGGAGAGCUCCAUUCUCACGAAGUGUGACUUUGAAGAUAACACCAGACCUUUGUGUGACUGGUCUCAAAUGUCCACGGAUGAUGGGGACUGGAUUCGAACGACUGGACCCUCCCCCACUGGCACUUCUGGCCCCCCCGGGGGCUACCCCAAUGGAGAAGGCUAUUACCUGCACAUGGAUGCUAGCACCUUCCCUCGGGGUGGAGUGGCACGCCUGCGCAGCCCGGACAUAUGGGAGCAAGGCCCGCUCUGCAUCCAUUUCGCCUUCCACAUGUUUGGGCUGUCAUGGGGUGCGCAGCUCAGACUGAUGCUGCUCAGGGGUCGGAGGUACCACCGGCCCAACGUGCUCUGGAAAUACGUGAAUACCCAGAGUCCCUCCUGGAUGCCCACCACGGUCACCGUGCCAGCAGAUCGUGAUAUACCGAGCUGGCUGAUGUUUGAGGGCAUGAGGGGCAACACCGCCUACCUGGACAUCUCUCUGGAUGGCCUCUCUAUCCGAAAGGGCACCUGCAAUCGGAUAUGCAUGUCCCAGAUGUGCAACUUUGAUGCUCUAAACAAUCUCUGUGGCUGGAGCUGGGUCCCAACUGCCACCGGGGCCAAGUGGACUCAGAAGAAGGGAUCAUCGGGGAUACUGGGUGUGGGACCUGAUGACGACUUCUCUAGCCCUGGCAGUGGCUACUACAUGCUCCUGGACCCUACGAAUGCAAGACCAGGACAGAAAGCUGUACUUCUGAGUCCCCUGAGCCAUUCCAGUGGCUGCCUGACCCUGUCUUUCCAAUACGUAAUGCGCGGCCUGUCGGCUGGCGAAGGCCUUUUUGCCUAUGCUUCAUUCUUAGGCAACAUCCGGAAACACACUCUCUUCUCAGGACACCGUGCACUCAACUGGCAGUCUGUGUCUGUCAAUUAUACAGGACAGGGAAUGAUACAGUUCAUAGUGGUGGGUGUGUUUGGAGAGAAGCCAGAGCCAGCAAUAGCCGUGGAUUCCAUCAGCAUUUCUCCCUGUGGGGAGGGCUUUCCCCAGUGCAACUUUGAAGAUAGAGUUCAUCCUUUCUGUGACUGGAACCACGUGGUAGGAGACGCUGGGCACUGGAGCUGGGGGAGUAAAAGUUUUCCCACCCCCAUCUCAGGACCCCCAAGAGAGUUCCCAUAUGGAGGGGAACAUUAUAUUUACUUCGAUUCAGCCAUGGUACCCGAGGUGGGACAGUCUGCCCGAUUGGUGAGUCCACCCUUCUGUGCCCCUGGGGAUGUCUGUGUGGAGUUUGCUUACCACAUGUACGGCCUCGGAGAAGGUACCACGCUCAAGCUCCUGUUGGGGAGUCCUGCGGGCAGUUCUCCCAUUUCUCUAUGGAAACGUGUUGGGUCUCAGAGCACUGGCUGGGUGAACAGCUCUGUCACCAUCCUUAAGGGACAUCAGCAGCCCAUGGAGUUGCUUCUUGAGGCCACCCGGGGGACCAGCACUGCCUUUGUCAUCGCUGUGAAUUACAUCUUGAUCAGUCAUGGACCGUGUCGGGCUAAGAUAAAACUCGAGGGCCCAGCUUCUUCCCUGUUCCCUGAAACAACCACUGUCUCCACUGAAGAGACCAUGGCCUCCACAGAAAGAAUCAGUGUCCCUCCUGAGGAGACAACUGCUCCCACAACAGUGGUCACUGCUGCCACAGAAGUGGCCACUUUCACUUUAGAAGCGACCACUGUCACUGCAGAAGAGAGCACUGUCUCUCCUGAAGAGGACAGUGUCACUCCUGAGGAGAUCAUCCCUACAGAAGUAACCACUGUCCCUCCUGAACAGACCAGCGUCCCUCCUGAGGAGACCACCACCUCUCCAGAAGUGACCACUGUCUCCACAGCAGUGGUCACUGCUGCCACAGAAGUGACCACUGUCACUGCAGAAGUGACCACUGUCUCUCAUGAAGAGACCAGCGUCCCUCCUGAGGAGACCACCACCUCUCCAGAAGUGACCACUGUCUCCACAGCAGUGGUCACUGCUGCCACAGAAGUGACCACUGUCACUUCAGAAGUGACCACUGUCUCUCAUGAAGAGACCAGCGUCCCUCCUGAGGAGACCACCACCUCUCCAGAAGUGACCACUGUCUCCACAGCAGUGGUCACUGCUGCCACAGAAGUGACCACUGUCACUUCAGAAGUGACCACUGUCUCUCAUGAAGAGACCAGCGUCCCUCCUGAGGAGACCACCACCUCUCCAGAAGUGACCACUGUCUCCACAGCAGUGGUCACUGCUGCCACAGAAGUGACCACUGUCACUUCAGAAGUGACCACUGUCUCUCAUGAAGAGACCAGUGUCCCUCCUGAGGAGACCACCACCUCUCCAGAAGUGACCACUGUCCCCACAGCAGUGGCCACUGCUGCCACAGAAGUGACCACUGUCGCUACAGAAGUGACCACUGUCUCUCAUGAAGAGACCAGCGUCCCUCCUGAGGAGACCACCACCUCUCCAGAAGUGACCACUGUCCCCACAGCAGUGGUCACUGCUGCCACAGAAGUGACCACUGUCGCUACAGAAGUGACCACUGUCUCUCAUGAAGAGACCAGCGUCCCUCCUGAGGAGACCACCACCUCUCCAGAAGUGACCACCGUCCCUCCUGAAGAGACCAUUGUCCCUCCUGAGGAGACUGCCACCUCUCCAGAAGUGAUCACCGUCCCUCCUGAAGGGACCACUGUCUUUCCUGAAGAGACCAGCGUCCCUCCUGAGGAGAUUGCCACCCCUCCUGAAGGGACUAUUGUCCCCAAUGAAGAGACGACUGUCUUUGCAGAGCAAUCUACUCCCAUUCAAAUGCCCACAACAGGUACACCCUGUCCAAGCCCAUCACAGGUUCCAGGUGUCUCGAUGAUUGGCAUGGCCCUGGCUACAGGUAUAACUACGACAGAGAGCUGCCCUCCAAAUGCCCACUUGGAAUUGUGUGCGUGCCUUGCAACCUGUGAGAACCCCAAGCCCCACUGCCACGCCCCCUGCAGAACUGGCUGUGUCUGCAAUCCUGGAUUUUUGUUUAGGAACUAUCAAUGUAUUAAUGCUUCUUCCUGCAAUUGCUUCUAUAGCAACAAAUAUUAUAAGCCUGGGGAAGAAUGGAUUAGUCCCAACUGCACAGAACGGUGCCGUUGCUUGCCCGGUAGCCGGAUGGAGUGUCAGAUCUCCCAAUGUGCGACAUACACGGUGUGCCUGCUGAAGAGUGGCGAAUAUGAAUGCCAGCCCUAUGGUACUGCCACCUGCCUGGUCUAUGGGGACCUUCAUUUUGUCACCUUUGAUGAGAGGCACAUCAGCUUCACAGGAACGUGUACCUAUAUCUUGGCCCAGACCUGUGACAGCUCCACAGAUUCAUUCUUUAAAAUAACAGCAAGCACCCAAGAACGGGGAGUAGAAGGCGUAUCCUCCCUGGACAAAGUCUUCAUCACCCUGCCGGAGACUACCAUUACCAUGACCAGUGGUAGACAAACACUGAUUGGAGACCAGAGAGUCACCCUCCCGGUGAUACCUUCUAAUAACAUCUAUGUGGGUCUGAGUGGGCGAUUUGUGGAGUUGAGGACGACAUUUGGUUUGCGUGUAAAAUGGGAUGGUGACCAGCAGCUUUUUAUGACUGUGCCCAGUACCUACUCGAGAAAACUCUGUGGUUUCUGUGGGAACUAUGACGGGGACAGCAGCAAUGAUAACCAGAAGCCAGACGGCACGAGGACACAAGAUGGGGACGAGCUGGGGAAGAGCUGGCAGUUGAAAGAGGAAGAGAACAAGGAUCUUUUUGACUGCUUGGGUUGGGUCUCUUCCAGGUGUCAGAACAAGAAGAGCCCCCCAUCUUGUGAUGCAGCCUUGGGAAGAACUAUGUCGGAGCCCAAGUUAUGUGGCCAGCUUGUUGAUCCAAGAGGAACCUUUGAGGCAUGCCUGUUCCACAUGAAGGCCUCAUUCUUCUUGGAUAAUUGUGUGUCGGACAUGUGUAGCUUCCAGGGGCUCCAGCAGACGCUUUGUACUCACAUGUCAGCCAUGACUGCUGUCUGCCAAGAUGCUGGCUAUGCCGUGAGGCCCUGGAGGAGACCCCAGUUCUGCCCCUUGGUCUGCCCUCAAAACAGCAGGUACUCCCUAUGUGCCAAACCAUGCCCGGACACCUGCCAUCCUGGAUCUGCUCUCCAGCCCUGCCCAAAAAAGUGUGUGGAAGCAUGUGAGUGUGAGCCUGGCUUUGUGCUCAGUGGUUUUGAGUGUGUCCCUCAGAUCCAGUGUGGAUGCACCAGCCUCGAGGGACGCUACUUCAAGGUACAGGAGCAAUGGUUUAAUCCAGACUGCAAAGAAAUCUGUACUUGUGAUGGCAACAACAGCGUUCGCUGCCGGCCCUGGAAGUGUAGGGCUCAGGAAGUCUGUAGCCAUAAGAAUGGUGUGUUAGGCUGUCACGCCCAAGGUGCAGCCACCUGCACUGCCUCAGGUGACCCCCACUACCUGACAUUUGAUGGAGCUUUGCAUCAUUUUAUGGGCACCUGCACUUACGUACUGACUCAGCCUUGCUGGUCCAAUGCUCAUGACAACAACUUUGUAGUGAGUGUCACCAACGAGGUUCGUGAGGGCAACUUGGAAGUCUCCAGUGUCAAAGCUGUCCACGUGCAGGUCCUCGACCUCAAAGUCUCCCUGUUCAAAGGUCGAACAGCCGUGCUGAACAACCAACGGGUGGCACUCCCUGUGUGGCCUCUGAAAGGACGGGUGACCAUUAGGUUGAGCGGCAUCUUUGUCCUGCUCUACACGGACUUUGGGCUUCAGGUUCGAUUUGACGGAAAGCACCUGGUGGAGGUGACAGUGCCUUCCUUAUACGCUGGCUUCCUCUGUGGGCUGUGUGGGAACUACAACAAUAACAGUUUGGAUGACAAUCUGCGUCCAGAUGGGAAGCCUGCAGGCAACUCACUUCUUCUGGGAGCUGCUUGGAAAAUACUUGAAGCUUCUGAGCCUGGCUGCUUUGUAGUUGGGGGCAAGUCCUCCAGCUGCCAAGAGAACAGCAUGGACGACGCCUGGACUAAAAAAUGCGCCAUCUUGAUGAACCCUAUUGGACCUUUCUCCAAUUGUCACGAAGCAGUGCCCCCGCAGGCCAGCUUCUCCAGUUGUGUGUACGGCCAGUGUGGGACCAAAGGAGACAUCCUGGCCCUGUGCCGCUCCCUGCAGGCCUAUGCAUCGCUGUGUGCCCAAGCUGGCCAAGUGAUUACCUGGCGCAACAGCACCUUCUGCCCUCUGAGGUGCCCACCCAGGAGCAGCUAUAACCCCUGUGCCAACCCCUGCCCAGCCACCUGCCUCACCCUAAGCAGCCCAAGAGACUGUCCAACCCUGCCCUGUGUCGAGGGCUGUGAAUGCCAGACAGGCCACAUCCUGAGUGGAACUACCUGUGUGCCCCUCAGACAGUGUGGCUGCAGUGACCAGGACGGCUCCUACCACCUGUUGGGGGAGAGCUGGUACACAGAGAAGACCUGCACCACCCUCUGCACGUGCUCAGUCCACAGCAAUGUCACCUGCAACCAAACGGCCUGUGAGGCCAACCAUGUGUGCUUGCGCCAGAAUGGGCUGCUGCGCUGUGCUGCAGAGAUGGGAGAGUGUCAUAUCUCAGAGGAUUCCCAGAUCGUGAGCUUCGAUGGCCAUAGCCAUCCUAUCCAAGACAUGUGUACUUACAUCAUGGUCAAAGUCUGCCACCCCAGCAUGAACCUGCCUUUCUUCACCAUCAGUGCCAAGGCUGACCAGCAUACCCGCACCAAACCCAAGACCUUCAGUGUCUAUCAGCUAUACAUUGACAUCUUCAGCUUCCGAGUCACUCUGCAAGAGCGCCAUUCAGUCCUGGUGAGCUAGAUCAAUGACACGCUGGUCACCCUUCCUGCCACGACCCAGAUCCCAGGAGUCAGCAUCACAACUGAAGACGUCUAUACCAUUGUCACAAUUAAGGAUGAAGUUCAAGUCAAAUUUGAGAGCAACAAUUUCUUAGAUAUCAAAAUCCCUGCAUCCUCUAAUGGAAAGGUCUGCGGUGUGUGUGGGAAUUUCAAUGGUGAAGAAGAGGAUGAACUCAUGACAUCCAGUGAUGAACUAGCCCAGGAUGAGCAGGAGUUCAUGGAGAGCUGGAAAGAUAAGCACAUGGACCCAAAUUGCCAGAAAAUCGAAGAGCAGAAUAUCCAAGUGGAGCAACAGGAGAUCAUGAACAGAAACUGCAGGCCCACUGACUUCCAGAAAGCCCAAGCAAACUGUCAGACUGCUCUCCAGGGUCCUACCUGGGCCCAGUGUGCUUCCCGGGUAUCCCUUAAGCCCUUCCUGCUGGGAUGUAUGAACAACUUCUGUGAAUUCAGAGAACUCUUCCGUGCCCUCUGUGAGGCUCUUCAGUCCUUCCAGGAUGCCUGCCAGAAACAGGGGCUCAAGCCACCUAUAUGGAGGAACAGCAGCUUCUGCCCUCUGGAAUGCCCUCCUCACAGCCACUACACAAACUGCCUUCCUUCCUGUCCACCUUCCUGCUUGGACCCCAACAGCCGCUGCGAGGACUCUGGCCACAAAGUCCCCUUCACCUGCAAGGAGGGCUGCAUCUGCCAACCGGGCUACGUGCUGAAUAAUGACAAGUGUGUGCUCAAGACUCAUUGUGGCUGCAAAGACGCCCAGGGUGUCUUCGUCCCAGAAGGCAAGAACUGGAUCUCCAGUAGCUGUACCCAGAACUGUGUCUGCAUUGGAGGGGCCAUUGAGUGCCAGAAUUUUCAGUGUCCCUCAGGGGCUCAAUGCCAGGACAAUGAAGAUGGCAGCAGCAAAUGCGUCAAAAUCACUCUGCAAUGCCCGGCCCACAGCCUCUACACCAACUGCCUUCCCCCGUGUCCUCCUUCCUGCUCCAACCUGGACGGCCACUGCAGGGGCACAAACCCCAAAGUGCCUUUCACUUGCAAAGAAGGCUGCCUCUGCCACCCUGGCUUUGUGCUUGAUAAGAACAAGUGUGUACCCAGAACUCACUGUGGCUGCAAAGAUACCCAGGGUGCCUUCAUCCCAACAGGGAAGACUUGGAUGUCCAUAGGCUGCACCCAGAGCUGUGCCUGCAUGAGAGGGGCCAUCAGGUGCAGGAAUUUCCAAUGUCCCUCGGGGACUCACUGCAAGGACAACAAUGAUGGCAGCAGUAACUGUGUCAAAAUCACUCUGCAGUGCCCAGCCCACAGCCAGUACACUGACUGCCUUCCUUCCUGCCUGCCUUCCUGCCUGGACCCGGAAGGACACUGUGAGAGUGCCAGGACCAGGGCCCCCUCCGCCUGCAAGGAGGGCUGUGUCUGCCAACCUGGCUUUGUGCUGCAUGAUGACAAGUGUAUGCUCAAAAUUGAGUGUAGCUGCCAAGACACUCAGGGUGCCUUCAUCCCAGUAGGCAAGAGCUGGAUCUCCAGAGGCUGUUCCCGGAGUUGUAACUGCAUGGGAGGGGUCAUUCGAUGCCAGAAAUUCAAGUGUCCCUCAGGGACUUUCUGCCUGGACAACGAAGAUUAUACCAGUAACUGUGUCAAAACCACUAUGCAGUGCCCUGCCCACAGCCACUACACCAACUGCGUGCCAUCUUGUCUGGCUUCCUGUUCAGACCCAGAAGGCCACUGUGAGGGGAUCAGCACCAAAGCCCCCUCCACCUGCAAGGAGGGCUGUGUCUGUGAACCUGGCUUUGUGCUGCAUGACGGCAAGUGUGUGCUCAGAAGUGAGUGUGGCUGCAAGGGCGCCCAGGGUGCUCUCAUCCCGGUGAGUGGGCUUGGAGACUGGGAUGGUGCGGGCCUUCUGCCCUCACUUCAUUUUCUCCCCUGGCUUCUGCAGGCAGACAAGACCUGGAUCAACAGAGGCUGCACCCAGACCUGCGCCUGCGUGGGAGGGGCCAUCCACUGCAGGAAUUUCCAGUGUCCCUCGGGGACUUACUGCAAGGACAUCAAGGAUGUCAGCAGUGAAUGCAUCAAAAUCACUCUGCAGUGCCCGGCCCACAGCCUAUUCACCCACUGCCUUCCCUCCUGUCUGCCUUCUUGCUCCAACCUGGAUGGCCACUGUGAGGGAGUCAGCACCAGAGUUCCUUCGACCUGCAAGGAGGGCUGCCUCUGUCAUCCAGGCUUUGUGUUUAAUGAGGACAAGUGUGUGCCCAGACUUCAGUGUGACUGCAAAGACGCCCAGGGUGCCUUCAUCCCGGCAGGCAAGACCUGGAUCUCCAGGGGCUGCACCCAGAGCUGUGCCUGCAUGGAAGGGACCAUCCAGUGCCAGAAUUUUCAGUGUCCCCAAGGGAGCUAUUGCUUUGACAGCAAUUAUGGCAACAGUAGCUGCACCAAAAUCACUCUACAAUGCCCAGCCCACACUGUCUACACUAACUGCCUUCCCUCCUGCCUGGCUUCCUGCUCGGACCCAGAUGGCCUCUGCAGGGGCAUCAGCCAUAAAGCCCCCUCCACCUGCAAGGAGGGCUGUGUCUGUGAACCUGGCUACGUGCUCCAUGACGACAAGUGUGUGCUCAGAAUUCACUGUGACUGCAGAGACGCCCAGGGUGCUCUCAUCCCGUUAGGUAAGACCUGGAUCAACAGAGGCUGCACCCAGACCUGCAGCUGUGCAGGAGGGGCCAUCCUGUGCAGGAACUUCCAGUGUCCCCCGGGGACUUACUGCAAGGACAUCGAGGAUGGCAACAGUAAAUGCAUCAAAAUCACUCUGCAGUGCCCAGAAUACAGCCUGUUCAUCAACUGCCUUCCCGCCUGCCAACCUUCCUGCAUGGACCCUGAUGGCCGCUGUGUGGGAUCCAGCACAAAAGGUCCCUCCACCUGCAAGGAGGGCUGUGUCUGUGAAUCCGGCUAUGUGCUUAAUGAUGGCAAGUGUGUGCUCAGAAAUCACUGUGGCUGCAAGGACGCCCAGGGUGCUCUCAUCCCGGCAGACAAGACCUGGAUCGACAGAGGCUGCACCCAGAGCUGUACCUGCGUGGGAGGGGUCAUCCUGUGCAGGAAUUUCCAGUGUCCCUCGGGAACUUACUGCAAAGACAUGGCGGAUGGCAACAGCAACCGUACCAAAAUCACUAUGCAGUGCCCCGCCCACAGCCUCUACACCAACUGCGUGCCAUCUUGUCUGGCUUCCUGCUCAGACCCAGAAGGCCACUGUGAGGGGAUCAGCACCAAAGCCCCCUCCACCUGCAAGGAGGGCUGUGUCUGUGAACCUGGCUUUGUGCUACAUGACGGCAAGUGUGUGCUCAGAAUUGAGUGUGGCUGCAAGGACGCCCAGGGUGCUCUCAUCCCGGCAGGCAAGACUUGGAUCUCCAGAGACUGCACCCAGAGCUGUGCCUGCACAGGAGGGACCGUCCAGUGCCAGAAUUUCCAGUGUCCCCCGGGGACUCACUGCAAGGACAACAAUGAUGGCAGCAGUAACUGUGCUAAAAUCACUUUGCAGUGUCCAGACAACAGCCACUAUACUGACUGCCUUCCCUCCUGCCCACCUUCUUGCUUGGACCUGGAGGGCCACUGCGAAGGCACCAGUCCCAAAGUCCCCUCAACUUGCAAGGAAGGCUGCCUCUGCAACUCUGGCUUUGUGCUCAAUAAGGACAAAUGUAUACCCAGAAUUCAGUGUGACUGCAAAGAUGCCCAGGGCACUCUUAUCCCGGCAGGCAAGACCUGGACUCCUAGAGGCUGCACCGAGAGCUGUACCUGCACAGGAGGGACUGUCCAAUGCCAGAAUUUCCAGUGUCCUUCAGAGACUUACUGCAAGGACAACGAUGAUGGCAACAGCAACUGUGUGAAAAUCACUCUGCAGUGCCCGGCCCACAGCCACUUCACGGACUGCCUUCCCUCCUGUCAACCUUCCUGCCUUGACCCUGAUGGCCGCUGUGAGGGAACUAGCCCUAAAGUCCCUUCCUGCAAGGAGGGCUGCCUCUGUCAACCUGGCUAUGUGUUGGGUAAUGACAAGUGUGUGCUCAGAAUUGAGUGUGACUGCAAGGACGCCCAGGGUGCUCUCAUUCCGGCAGGCAAGACCUGGAUCUCUGCAGGCUGUACCCAAAGCUGCACCUGUGUGGAAGGCGCCAUCCAGUGCAGGAAUUUCCAGUGUCCCCAAGGGACUCACUGCAAGGGCAGCAAUGAUGGCAGCAGUAACUGUGCUGAAAUACCUCUACAAUGCCCCGCCCACAGUCAUUUCACCAGCUGCCUUCCCUCCUGUCCACCUUCCUGUUCAAUUAUGGAUGGCCACUGUGAGGAAUCCAGCUCCAAAGUCCCCGCAACCUGUAAGGAAGGCUGUGUGUGCGAGCCUGGCUACUUACUGAAUAAUGACAAGUGUGUGCUCCGAAUUCAGUGUGGCUGCAGAAAUGCCCAGGGUGACCUCAUUCCUGCAGGCAAGACCUGGCUCAACAAAGACUGUACAGAGAGCUGCAACUGCAUGGGAGGGACUGUCCAGUGCAGGACUUUCCAGUGCCCCCUGGGGACUGACUGCAAGGACAGCAAUAAUGGCAGCUAUAACUGUGUCAAAAUCAGUAAGAGGGUCAUGGGGGAAGGUGGGGAGGGUGUGCUCAUGACUGGAGGGAUGAGAGCUCUGAAAUGUCCUGCCCACAGCCACUACACAAACUGCCUUCCCCCAUGUCCACCUUCCUGUACUGAUCUGGAUGGCCACUGUGAGGGCACCAGCCCCAAAGUCCUCUCCACCUGCAAAGAGGGCUGCGUCUGCCAGCCAGGCUAUGUACUGAAUAACAACAAGUGUGUGCUCCAGAUGCACUGUGACUGCAGAGACGCCCGGGGUGACCUCAUUCCGGCAGGCAAGACCUGGGUCUCUAGUGGCUGCACCCAGAGCUGUACCUGCAUGGGAGGGGUUGUCCAAUGUCGCAGCUUCAACUGCCCCCCAGGGACUCAGUGCCAGAAUGGCCCAGAUGGCAACAUUAACUGCACCAAAAUCAUCAAUGUGAAGUGCCCCGCCCACAGCCGCUACACCAACUGCCUUCCCUCCUGUCCACCUUCCUGCUCAGACCCAGAGGGCCUCUGUGGGGACACCAUCCCAAAAGCCCCCUCCACCUGUAAAGAGGGCUGCGUCUGUAGAUCUGGCUUUGUGCUGCAUAACGACAAAUGUAUACUCAGAAUUCAGUGCAGCUGUAGAGAUGCCCAGGGUGUUCUCAUCCCGGCAGACAAGACCUGGCUCUCCAAAGACUGUACCCAGAACUGUACCUGCAUGGCAGGAGACAUACGUUGCUGGAAUUUCCAGUGUCCCACUGGGACUCACUGCAAGGACAAUGAUGAUGGCAGUCAUAAUUCUCUGCAGUGCCCAGACCGCAGCUACCACACCAGCUGCCUUCCUUCCUGCAUCCCAUCCUGCUCCAACCUGAACGAACACUGUGAGGUCACCAGCCUCAAAGACCCCUCCACCUGCAAGGAAGGCUGCCUCUGUCAGUCCGGCUUUGUGUUCAACAGGGACAAGUGUGUACCCAGAAUUGAGUGUGACUGCAAAGACUCCCAAGGUGCUCUCAUCCCGGCAGGAAAGACCUGGAUUGCUGCAGGCUGUUCCCAGAGAUGUACCUGCAUGGGAGGACUUAUUCAGUGCCGGGGCUUCCAGUGCCCCUCAGGAACUCAGUGCCAGGACAUCGAGAAUAACAGCAGCAGUUGUGCUGAAAUCACUGGACAGUGCCCAGCUCACAGUCGCUAUACCAGCUGCCUUCCCUCCUGUCUGCCUUCUUGCUUGGACCCCGAUGGCCUCUGCAAGGACACCAGCCCCAGAGCCUCCCCCACUUGCAAGGAGGGCUGUAUCUGUCAAUCUGGCUACAUACUGAGCAGUGACAAGUGUAUUCCCAGAGCUCAGUGCAGCUGCAAAGAUGCCCAGGGUAACCUCAUCUUGGCAGGCAAGACCUGGAUCUCCAGUGGCUGCACCCAGAGCUGUGCCUGCAUCAAUGGGGCCAUCCAGUGCCAAAAGUUCAGCUGCCCCUCGGAGACCCACUGCCAGCAUAGUGAUGAUGGCAGCAGUAACUGUGCCUCCAACACCUUUCAAUGCCCAGCCCACAGCCACUUCACCAACUGCCUUCCUUCCUGUUUACCCUCCUGCUUGAAUCCCGAUGGGCACUGCGAGGGCACCAGCACCAAAGUCCCUGCCGUCUGCAAUACAGGCUGCCUCUGUCAACCUGGCUACGUGCUGAAUAAUGACGAGUGUGUGCCCAGAAUCCAGUGUGGCUGCAAAGAUGUCCAGGGCACUCUCAUUCCAGAAAACAAGACGUGGAUCACUGGUGGAUGUACCCAGAGCUGUACCUGCAGAGGAGGGACUGUCCAGUGUCAUAACUUCAAAUGUCCAACAGGGUCCCAUUGCGAGUACAAUAAAGAUGGCAGCAGAAGCUGUGUCACCAGCGCUCUGAAAUGUCCGGCCCGCAGCUUCUACACCAGCUGCCUCCCAUCCUGUCUACCUACCUGCUUGGAUCCAGAGGGCCUCUGCCAGGGCUCCAGCCCCAGGGUCCCCUCCACCUGCAAGGAGGGCUGUGUCUGUCGAUCCGGCUACGUGCUGCAUGACGACAAGUGUGUGCUCAGAAUUCACUGUGGCUGCAAGGACGCCCGGGGCAACCUCAUCCAGACCGGCCAGACAUGGAUCUCUACUGACUGUACCCGGAUUUGUGCGUGCAAGGAAGGACUCUUUCAAUGCCAGAACUUCCAGUGCCCCUCAGGGACCCACUGCCAACAAUAUCAAGACGGCAGCAGUAACUGUGUCUCCGAUACUCUGAAGUGCCCAGCCAACAGCCUCUACACCGGUUGCCUUCCCUCCUGUCUGCCUUCCUGCUCCAACCCAAAUGGCCACUGUGAGGGCGUCAGCCCCAAAGACCCCUCCACCUGCAAGGAGGGCUGUGUCUGUCGACCUGGCUACCUGCUCAGUGAGGACAAGUGUGUACCCAGAAACCAAUGUGGCUGCAAAGAUGCCAAGGGUGACCUCAUCCCAAUAGGCAAGACCUGGCUCUCCAGUGGCUGCACCCAGAGCUGUACCUGCAUGGACGGAGUUGUUCAGUGCCGGAAUUUCAUCUGCCCCACAGGGUCCCACUGCCAGCACAGUGAUGAUGGCAGCAGUAACUGUGCGGCCAACAAACUGGAAAAAUGUACCAUCUUUGGGGACCCCUAUUACCACACUUUCGAUGGCUUCUCCUACCGCUUCCUGGGUCGGAUGAACUACUAUCUCAUAAAGACAGUGGACAAACUCCCAGAGGGGAUGGAGCACCUGGUCAUAGAGGGGCGCAACAAAAUAUCCCCCAAAGGGAGUCCAACCUUGUAUGAAGUGACCACCAACGUCUAUGGCUAUAAAAUACAGCUCCAAGAAGGGCUGGUGGCUUUGGUCAACAACCAAAAGGUGGCAAUCCCCUACGGUCCAAAUGACCACCUGUGGGUCCUCCUGCGGGCGCAGCGGCUGUUUCUCAUCACUGACUUUGAAAUGGUGGUGGACUUCGAUGGGAAGCACAAUGCAGUGAUCUCCUUGCCUACCAUGUACCGUGGGAUGAUACGGGGCCUGUGUGGAAACUAUGAUAAGGACCGAGACAAUGACUUGAUGUUGCCCAGUGGAACACUCACCUCAAACAUCAAUGCCUUUGGCAACAGUUGGGAGGUGAAGAUGGUGAAAGCCCUCUUACGAUUGCCAAGGGCCCUACCAGCAGAAGAUGGGGGAGAGGAAGAGUCUGACCCUCUGCCGUCAGAGUGCAGCCCAGAGCAGACAGCGCUCCUCAGCAGCACCCAGGCCUGUAGGGUGGUGGUGGACCCCCAGGGUCCCUUUGCUGCCUGUCACCAGAUUGUAGCCCCAGAGCCCUUCGAGCAACACUGUAUGUCCGACGUGUGCACUGGUUGGAAAACCAAAGAAGAAGAGGAGUUUCGAUGCCGGGUCCUCAGUGGAUACGCAAUCAUUUGCCAGGAGGCAGGUGCCAACACGACUGGCUGGCGGGACCAGACGCACUGUGCCAUGACAUGCCCUGCCAAUACUGUGUACCAGCCCUGUAUGACGCCCUGCCCAGCGUCCUGUGCCAAAUUUGUGACCCCCAAGGCCUGUGAAGGCCCCUGCGUGGAAGGCUGUGCCACCAUCCCCGGCUACAUCUACAGUGAUACCCAGAGCCUCCCAGUGACACAGUGCGGCUGCACCACCAAUGGCCUCUAUUACAAGCUAGGUGACAGCUAUGUGACUGAUGACUGCUCCCAGCAUUGCACCUGCGCAAGCCAGGGGACCCUGCUGUGUGAGCCCUAUGGCUGCAGGGCUGGAGAGGCCUGCACCGUGGCCAACUUUACUCGAGGCUGCUUCCGGGAUAGCCCUUGUCUACAGAACCCCUGUCACAAUGAUGGCCAGUGUCAGGAGCAAGGGGACACCUUCAUCUGCCAUUGUGACCUGGGUUAUGGAGGAGAAUUCUGCACAGAACCUCGGGAUAUCCCAUCCAGAAAAAAGCUAGAAUCAUCCAGCUUACUGGCCAUCCUGCCAGGAGUGCUUGUGAUGCUCUUAGUCCCCGUCUUACUGCUUAGAGUGUAUAUUUACGUGAGAACUGCCAUAGCGAGGAGGAGGAGGGAGAAACUGUUGAGACGGAAUAGACAUAGGCUGGAGGAUACAGAUGUUCCAGAGCCUGCCUUCAGAGCCACCAAGUUCUGA